CAAUUUAAUAUUUUUACUGCUGUAAGUAAGACGAUGUUGUGGAAAUAUUUAUUCAGUUUAGUUAUAUUCUCAGUUAAGGUUUAUUCAAUUCAAGACUAUCUACCAAUAGUAGACUAUGCUGAAGUGAAUGAAUUCAAAAAAAAUGGCAUAGAUAUAUCACAGAAUCAUAAAAUAAAUGAUGCUUUUUGCGACCAAGAUUUAUCGUUGUUUCAACAAGGCUUAGAAAGUAAUGAACAAUGGGCAGUUAGACUUGUUGAUACUUGGGCCAAAGUUCAAGCAGGAUAUUUGAGUGGUAAUUCUAUGAAUGUUGGAGAUUUUGAUAGCUGUAUUAGAUUUGAGCAUCAAACAAUAUCAAGUAGAAUUUUCAAGGGUCAGCAUUGCUUAAUCAGCUUAUCAGCUCUACCGAAUUCUACACUUGUUUCUGAUAGUCAUGAUUUAAGCUUAAAGCAUCUAGCCAAUUUCUUCCGAUCUUCUAACAUUGUCUCAACAAAUGGAUUUUGCAUGCCAGCAUCAUGUUCAGCAACUAAAGUUAUUGAGUUUUUAAACCAACAAAUUUUAAAUAAGAACGAUUUGGUUGCUUUGGGUGGCAAAUGCAGAGAUGUCAAUGACAUCCCUCUUGAACCAUUGGACUAUUUUGCAAUAGUACUUUUUUCGAUGUUUGCCUUAUUGAUGACUGGCAGUACAAUUUACGAAAUUAUCAUCGUAAAGUCUAAACAUCCAGAACCGAAUAAGCUACUUGCAUCAUUCUCUGUAUACAGCAACGGAUAUAAGCUUUUUGAAAUGACAAAAAUAAAAUCUCCAAGUUCCAUCAACUGUCUUCAUGGGUUAAGAGCUAUGUCCAUCUUUUGGAUAAUAUUAGGUCAUCGAAUCAAUAAUCAGUAUUUGUGGGGAAAUCCAAAUGAAACUAAAGAUUUUUUAUUUGGAACAUCGAUCGCAUCAGGAAUCAUAAAUGCGUAUACACUGGCUGUUGAUACAUUUUUUGUGAUGGGCGCAAUAUUAAUGACUUGGUCGACAUUAAGAGAUUGUGAGAAGAAGCAACUGAAUAUUCCAAGAAUGAUUUGGAGACGAUACAUACGAUAUACACCAAUCUAUGCAGCACUUAUACUUUUUGUUAUUUCAUUUACGAAAAUUCUACUCCAAGGACCAUUUUAUAUAGAUGCAUUGAGUGAACGAUGUGUUCGUAACUGGUGGUUGGUGUUACUACAUGUUCAGAACUAUCUUUCGUAUAGAGAUAUGUGUCUUGGUCAUGGAUGGUACCUGAGUGCAGAUUUUCAACUUUUCAUAAUUUCUCCUUUCAUAAUUCUUCUAAUUUACAAGUAUGGCAAAAAGCUUUUAAUGAUUCCUGCAGUUUUGUUCUUAGGAACAAUAAUUUACGUGAUAUCGGUUUCUAUAGUUUUGGAUAUUGAAGUUCCAUCGCCAUUAGCAAGUGAAAAUUAUUUAGAUUACAUAUAUUAUGCAACACACACUCGUUCUGGUCCGUGGUUCUUAGGAAUUAUUCUUGGAUAUUUUCUCUACACAAUUCAAGGAAAGAAAAUUGGCAUAAAUAGCUUUAUAAAUGGAUUCAUGUGGAUAUUUUCCAUAAGUGUGCUUAUUUCUGUUGUGUUCUUACAACUUGGUUUCUUCGGUGCUGCAGACACCAUUCACAGUGGAUAUCACGUAUCAUUUCUUGCAUUACACAGAAAUCUUUGGGCUGUUGCACUUUGUUGGAUAAUUUUCGCAUGUCAAAGUUUAAAAACAGGAGGAAUCAUAAGAUGGUUCUUAUCACAUCCACAAUGGCAACCUGUAAGCAGAAUGGGAUUGAGCAUGUAUUUAUUGGGAACUGUUUAUCAGCUUUAUAUGAUUCUUAAUCAAAGAGCACCAAUGUAUUUGAAUUUUUGGCAUGUGAUUCCAAUAAUCUUAAGUGAUGUGGUUAUGAUCAUCAUACUGUCAACAAUUACUUAUUUAGCAUUUGAAGCUCCACCGCUAAUUAUUGAAGAUUAUUUGUAUAAAAAAGUUAAAAAUGUUAAAAAAUAAAGAUUUAAACGAAA